GGUGGGCGCGACGUCGGCGGCGGUGGCGGCGGCGGCGGCAGCUGCAAGUUGGGCUGCAGGGGCAGCGCAUACACUACAAUGGCUGCUGGAAAGAGGCGUAAGGAAACAAUUUCCAGGCCCGCCGCGUCCAGCCCGAAAUAUGAGAAAAAAAUUAUUAGAAAUUCCGCGGGCGGUGUAAAGGCGGCGGACGGGCCGGAGGGAGGAUGUUAAAGCCCCGCGGUUACCUCUUGGUGCUGCAUUGUUCGUAUUUGGCACCCAGAAUGCUUCAUUCUGUGAUGGUCUAUUGAUAAGGUUACCUUGCUAGAGUUUGGAGCAGGGUCUCAGAUUGGCCAAAAUGGGAAGGACUAGAUUCCACUCUCCUCCACGAAGAGUCAAUGGAACUGGCUAAGAUCAAGGUCUGAGGCUUUUUGCAUCUGUCAUCAGUCCCUUUUUGCUUUCUUUUACGACCACAUGAAACUUGAGAAGCCACCUAAAGCUAAAUCAUUUAGUGGAGUUGGGCAGUUCCCAAGUGUCCAACAAGAAGGCCUGGUUUAGGCUGCGAUGGCCACUGUCAUUCCUGGUGAUUUGUCAGAAGUAAGAGAUACCCAGAAAGCCCCUUCAGGGAAACGUAAGCGUGGUGAAACCAAACCAAGAAAAAACUUCCCUUGCCAACUGUGUGACAAGGCCUUUAACAGUGUUGAGAAAUUAAAGGUUCACUCCUACUCUCACACAGGAGAGAGGCCCUACAAGUGCAUACAACAAGACUGCACCAAGGCCUUUGUUUCUAAGUACAAAUUACAAAGGCACAUGGCUACUCACUCUCCUGAGAAAACCCACAAGUGUAAUUAUUGUGAGAAAAUGUUUCACCGAAAAGAUCAUCUGAAGAAUCACCUGCAUACACAUGACCCUAACAAAGAGACAUUUAAGUGUGAAGAGUGUGGCAAGAGCUACAAUACCAAGCUUGGGUUCAAACGCCACUUGGCUCUGCAUGCUGCAACAAGUGGUGACCUCACCUGCAAGGUCUGUUUGCAGGCUUUCGAAAGCACAGGAGUGCUUUUAGAGCACCUUAAAUCUCACGCAGGCAAGUCAUCUGGUGGGAUAAAAGAGAAAAAACACCAGUGCGAGCAUUGUGAUCGCAGGUUCUACACCCGGAAAGAUGUCCGGAGACACAUGGUGGUGCACACUGGAAGAAAGGACUUCCUCUGUCAGUAUUGUGCACAGAGAUUUGGGCGAAAGGAUCACCUGACUCGACAUAUGAAGAAGAGUCAUAAUCAAGAACUUCUGAAGGUCAAAACUGAACCAGUGGAUUUUCUGGAUCCAUUUACCUGCAAUGUUUCUGUGCCUAUAAAAGAUGAGCUCCUUCCAGUGAUGUCCUUACCUUCCAGUGAACUGUUGUCAAAGCCAUUCACAAACACUUUGCAGUUAAACCUCUAUAAUACUCCAUUUCAGUCCAUGCAGAACUCGGGAUCUACCCACCAAAUGAUAACAACUUUACCUUUGGGAAUGACAUGUCCAAUAGAUAUGGAUGCUGUCCAUCCUUCUCACCACCUUGCUUUCAAAUACCCAUUCAGUUCUACCUCAUAUGCAAUUUCAAUUCCUGAAAAAGAACAGCCAUUAAAGGGGGAAAUUGAGAGUUAUCUGAUGGAGCUACAAGGCGGCAUGCCCUCUUCAUCCCAGGAUUCUCAAGCAUCAUCAUCAUCUAAACUAGGAUUGGAUCCUCAAGUUGGGUCCCUUGACGAUAGCACAGGGGAGCUCUCUCUCUCAAAAAGCUCUAUUUCUAUCAGUGACCCCCUAAACACACCAGCAUUGGAUUUUUCUCAGUUGUUUAAUUUCAUACCAUUAAAUGGUCCUCCCUAUAAUCCUCUAUCAGUCGGGAGCCUGGGGAUGAGCUAUUCCCAAGAAGAAGCACACUCUUCUGUGUCUCAGCUCCCUCAACAAACACAGGAUCUUCAAGAUCCUGCUGGCACUAUAGGUCUUGGCUCUCUGCACUCUCUAUCAGCAGCUUUUACCAGUAGCUUAAGCACAAACACCACCCUCCCACGUUUCCAUCAAGCUUUUCAGUAGGAUUCCAAGUUGUGGAUUUAUUACAGAAAAUGUAUGUAUAGCCAGCCCUGCCUUAGAUAACCAUUUCUAUUUAGUGCCUACUUUGAGACAUUGUAAAAUUUUCUGCUUUUGUAUAGUACCAAUUUUCAUUAAGCCAGUAUAAAAUAGAAACUAGCUUUUUAAAUGAGCUUUGGAACCAUUUGUGUUCAGUUAUGUUUACCUGGGUAUUCUGUCCUGAUUCACUGCCAAUUGUCAUAAGAUGGCUUUUCGUAAAGGAAAACCAUUAUCACCAGUAAUGUCUUAACAAAUAUCAUAUUCAAAUUACUUUCAGAUCUUAAAUUUUUAAUUUUUGUCCAAUAACAGUGACUCUACCUGUUGACAUUUGGCUCAUUAAAAAAGUUUGUAGUAGGAUGUAAAUGUUCUAAAAUGUAUAUGAAUAACCUGAAAGGUUUUUUUUUUUUUUACUAGUCUAUAUGGAUUCGUAAUCAAAUACUACAAAUGAAUUAAGAAUCCAUUUGGGGGCGAUAACCAGUGUUUCUUAGGUAUACCAUCAUUUCAGGUCAGUAUAUUUUAAAGGCUUGUUGUUUCCUUGCUCAAAUAUUUUCUGCCUUUAUUAUGCACAUGUAAGAAAAGCAAAAGCUAAAACACAAAGCACCAGUAUAUAUAACAAAAAAAAUCUCAUAGUAAAGUGGCAUGGCAUCCCAUGUUACUUAAUUGUUGGCCUUAAAUUAGUAAAGAGGACAUUUUUCCACAUUUCAAACUUCUUGUUCCCUUGCUGUUCAUAAUAGUAACAGGGCUUGGCACUAGAGCCUUCAGAGUGAGCAUAUUGUUCUCUAGUCUUUCCCACCUUUCAUGGCUAAAAGGUAGGUCAAGUACAGCCAACAGCUUUGAUUGUCAGUCCAUAUUUAGUACAGAGUCCAAAGCCAGUGUGCUUAUAGCUGUUAGGUUUGUUUGUCCUGUGAACUGUUUCAGCUUUUAGGGUAUACUAGAGUCUCAAGCAGGAAGGCAGAUCUGAAGUACACAGAUCAGCUUGGGAACUUGUCUAGACAUCAGGUCCUUUACUGCCAGCAUUGGAAUCUAGGCUCUUGAAGAAGUAAAGUAAAACAUCACUUAUAUCACUGCUUGAUGAGUUUGGUAAAAUCCCUUAAGAGCCAAAAGUAGAAAACAAAAUAAUAGUCAGUGUUAAUGUGUCUUUCCUUGCUAUUUUCAGAUGGAGAAUUUAGGGUUAAAUACAGUAGAAAAUUAUUGAAGGAGUGACAAAGUUUUAAACAACUAAAAAUAUAUACAGUAAAACCCCAUUUUUACAUGUUUCUGGGAAAUAGAGUGAAUCUUACAAAUAAAUUGAAUUUGUAGAGGGGGAAAAGUAAAAUAAAACCAACAUUAUCAGCUAAUAUGAAAAUACUACUAAAGAAUAUUCUGUUCAUUAAGUAAGUUAUUACAGACUUUCCUCAUGUUGGGAAAAAAAAAACAUCAUCUCAGAGAUCAAAUUAUUGUAUAUUUGUAACUAUUUUUUGGCAUAUCAGUCUAAGAAACAUCUGUUAAGCACUUGCUAACACCUUAUUUGGGGGACCUUUUCAGGGUGGGAAUGAGGCGGGGGGGUAGGUUUAUAGAAAAAUAUAUAUCUCUAAAAAAAUUAAAACUAUUUCUGAGCACUCAUUAGGCUUAUUUUUCCCUUUUAUAGGGCUAAUUAUAUCACUGCAGAUUGCAAUGUUUACCAAGUAUUUCUAAAAAAAAAAUGAGUGCAAAUUACUGAAUAUAAUUAUUUAAAAUAUGUGGGGAUAGUAUAAUUUGUGGGAAAAUGUAAAUUGUAAUAAUGUAAAUGAGGGUUUCACUAUAUAUAUAUUAAAUAUAUAUAUAUAUAUACACACACACACAUAUAUCGCACUUCAUAGAAUCAAAGUUGCUCUGUAGGAGCUUUGGCUCCUGAUAUUUUAUCAUGCUCCUAUCUUUUAAUCAUAGGAGCAGUAGUUUUAUACUUAUGUAUUUAAAUUUUAUUAUUAAAAAUUACAUUUUAUUAAAAAAAAUGUGUUCCAAAGGCAUUAAAAUUAUAUAUAUUAGUAAGGAAAUGCAUUUUUAAAUUUUUCAAACUGCUCCUAAAGUUUUGAUUAGGAGGAUAUUUGCGUUGAAAGUAGGCUUUUAGCUCUGCUUUAUUGCUUCCUUUAGUUUCUAUGAAACAGACUGCUUACCUAAAUCAUUAGUUGAAUGAUUAGUGUUCAAUAUUGCUUUAAUAACCAUUCUUUAAAAAAAAAAGGACAAAGGAAAUUAAGUUACAGAACACAAAGAAAUGUAAAACUUGUCUUCAAAUACAAAUCACAAAUAGCUGGUGUGGAAGCACUGUUUUGUCUAAAAUUUGCUUAAGGAGGGGUCAAAUUAAUGAGCUCACACAUUGGCCUUAGGAGGCUGUAUUUCACUACUAAUAAAAAGGGAGUACCAGGAUUUAUUAAAUAAAGCUUAUUUAGGAGUGAGGAAUAGCACCAUGUAGUUAAAUAUAUUUUUUGCUUACUUCUCACCCUGCAUUAGAAUUCGAACAGAUGAAGUUAUGUCUUUCAGGACCCCAAUGUUAAAAUCAUAGGUCUUCAUUUUCAUACAUGCAUCCAUUGUUGCCUCCCCCAACCCCUCACCAUAGACUUGGAAGAAAUAUGAGGGAAUUCAACUACUUUCUUAAUUGACUAUAGUGGUCACUAAACCCUCUUAGAGAGAAUAUAUAUUAAAAUGAGGCAGACUCUUUUUUAAUUGCACAAUAGCCUAAUAAGGAUGUAACAGAAUUGGCUCUUUUUUUUUCAUAGGAAAAAAAAAUGAUGUUAGUUUUCAUGUCAGCUGAUUACAAUUAAAAAUAACUAUUGUCAAUGCUGCAUCUAUUCUCCAGUGGCUGGAAUCAUCCUUGAAAUUUCUGGUAGUGCCUUUGUUUAGUCAAUAAAGGGAUUAUAAUUAAGUAAAAAUAUUUCCAUUUAGAAUAUGGGUCUUAGACAAGAUAUUGAACCUCAUUCAGUUUGAACUUCCACAUGUAUGUACAAAUUAGGUGAGGAGACAUAGAAGCAUGAGUGUGGAAGGAUCUUGGCACUGUAAGCAAUAUUACCCGCUGUGGUAUGCAAAUGUCAUUUUUAUAGUUACUGGUCACUUAAAAUUUGCAUUUUUAAGAUUCUAUUUCCAGUUUUUCAAGAUUUCAGUUCUCAUGGCUGAUCAUUUUGUGCAACUUUUAAAUUUUCCUUUAGUGUUCUUUUGAGUAACAUAUUUUUGCUACUUUUGUUGCUUGUGCUUUUAUUGUUCUUAGUCAUUUGUGGAAUAUAGUGAUAUAUUGUGUUGAUUUGGACAGUAGCGGUUUUUAAAAACCAUAUACUGACUGAAACAUGAGCCAGAGCUGAUUGCUUUAUUAAGCUAAUAAUGAAUGUUAAAGAAUACAUAUUUUCAGGAUCACUCAUCUAGUAAGCAAUAUGCAUAUAUAGGCCAAUAUAUUUUCUUAAUAGAGCUUGGUCAACCUCUAUACUACACAUAUUACAAGAUAUAGCACUUUCAAAACGAAUCUAAACCUUUACAGAAACUUUCUUAUAGGUUAUGCCUUUUAUUUUAUGACUUAUUAUAAUUUGUUUCAAGUGCCAUUAGAUGAUAUAUGUAGGCCUUUGAUAUAUUAAUGCUUUUUUUCAAAGAUGGUAGAUGGUAUUUUAAACAGGUACAUUUUUACAGUGUUUUCUUAUCAAUUUGCUAUAUUGCACAGAAUCAGUGUAUGUCUUUUCAUAAGGUUUUACAAUGGUUUAUUUUUUUACAAGGUUUACGUGUCUCAAAACACACUGUCUUCCCAGUAUGUAAGUUAAAAAAAAUACCAGUUCACCCAAGUUGCUUCUAGCCUACUGAGAUCCAUGUGACAUUGGAGGGAAACUUUUUAAGUGUUGAGCAUUCUUCAUUAGCAGUGGCAGACUGUUACCUCUGACAAAUUGAGUGCCUAAGUCGACUUUGUCUUGUUUUUCUCACAUUGUGUCAGUAGCCACAUCCACAGCACAGCUAGUUUGUUGGGCUCGCAUAGCAACACAUAGGUAAUGUUGCUAGUUUUAUGCUGGUUAUCCAUAGGCAACUCCUGUUUGGUCAUAGGAGAUGAGACUGCCAGGUUGGGAAAGGCACACUUAGAUCACCCUCAGAUCCUUGAUAUCAAGACUCUGAGGUUUGAAAGCACCGUCUUUUAAUACUCAUGCUGAUUAUUAAAAGAAAUAACAGGUGUGUUGCUAAUGUAUUAAACACUUUAUUGUAUAAGCUUCAGUGGUACAGAUGAACCAGAAUGAAUGUUUAUCUUCUCAGAAACACUCCUUCAAUAUUACAUUGGAUCAUGCUGCUAAUGUAACUUGGGAUACAACUCUUCAUGGUGCUACAAACUUCUCUGUCUCAUUCAGUCGUAUUUUUUUAUCAAUAGGAAAAAAAAAAAAGAACUACACUAGGUGUAAUGUGUACAUUAUAUUUUUAUACUGUGACUUAAUUUGUCAUUAAUGAACUUUUGCACCACCCACCACAAUGUAUUCAUGUGCACUUACAAAAGGAAAUCUUGGAUGUGCAAAUGUUACCAGAACAAACCCAGCUUUUGUCCACAAGGUGACUGUAACACAAGCAAAAAGUGGGCUUUCUAACAUGGUGUGGAGUGAAGAACAUGCUAUAUGUUACUAACAGCCCUUUGAAUUUAACAAAAACUGGGAACUCAUUAGGAAGUGGAUUGCAUCAUGCCUGAUAUAAAUUGGACUGCUGAAAUUGUAUUUUUAGAUGAAGAAAAAAGUGUUUGGAAUAGUGCUCUAAAAAAUGUUCUAAGGAUAAAGUUUUGAGUCAAAAUAGAAAAGGAAAAAAAAUCUGCAUUCCAGGCUGAAUUUUGUAUAUUUUUAUUGCAUUUAAAUUUGCUAUUCUGUGAUAUUGAGAAAUCAAGUGGCUUAUCAUGUAUAUCAUGUACUUAAAAAUGUAUUCACAAACUACUGUUGUAUUUGUAUAAAAUAUAGACAAAGAUCAUAUUUUUGUGUGUGUAUAAGCUCUGUAAAAUAGCAAUCACAUAAUGAAGCUGCAGUGAUACUACACUUUAAACAUCCACAUCCAAAGAAGCAGGCUAUUUAUUGUCCAGUUACCCAGAUAGAAAUAUUAACUUGCUGCUAAUUAUGCAAUAGUACUACAGCUUCUUGUGACCUACAGUGUUAAUGUUUGCUGUAAAAAAAAGAUAUGUGAACUCCACAAAAGUAUAUGAAUGAAAUUAUAGAAUGGCUUUAGAAAAUGUAGAUCUUCCUGAAAUUUUAAUAGAGGAUAAAUUUCUAUAUGACACAACUUUUUCUUCACUUUAUAGAUAUUUUCACAUUUGAUAAACAUAAGAUUCUAAUAGCCAGCUCUAGGAUAAUACUUUGGUGUUGAAAUGUAAAGUUCUAGAGUUCCUUUUUUGUUCUGUUUUUUUAAAAAACUUUUGUAUCUUUAAAGGAAGAAUCAAAAAAAAUAAUAAAAAGUCAAAACAUGAU